AUGCGCAUUCCCGGAAAUAAGCGAAGCCAGGAACCCGACGAUAUCGGCAACCGCGCCGGCAUUUUUGCCGAGGCGGUGCGUGACGGUGAUAUGAACCUGGCCUGGUCCAUGCUUUCCAAGGAGACCCGGGGCAUGCGCCUGGGUGUUUGGGCAACCCGCAACAAUGUCGAUAUGCAGAACGCUUACCGGGCCGCCUACGACCAGGACCACAACAUGCGUCCUUCCAUGAUGAAGGACUUCCGGGAUACAGUGCUCCGCCUAUGGCCCCUAGAGGAUUUGACCGACCUGGGCGUGGCCCCCACCAACUUUAUUGACGAUACCCACGCCUUCGCUUUCCUGCCCUUUGGCGUAGUCGAGAAUGAGAGCACCGUCGCUCACCGGCGAAUGAUGUCCGGCCUCGUUAUUCCCAUGCUGCUGGAGGACGGGCAAUGGCAACCUCUGCCCACCCGUAACGUGGCAGUUGAAUGCGACCUCUGCCAGCGGGAGGUGGACCGCUAUACGGUCCAUCACCUCGUGCCCAAGGCCAGGGGCGGAAGAUUCGGGCCCACGGCCAACCUUUGCCCCACCUGUCAUCGGCAGCUACACGCCCUCUUUACCGAGGCUACCCUGGCCGAGGAGCUCAAUUCCAUUGCCUUGCUGCGGGCCAACCCCCAGGUCAAUAACUACCUUAAGUGGGUUCGCAAGCAAAAGAGCGCCGGUGGGUUCAAGGUGCGCCGGUCCAACAGCCGGAGAUAG